AUUAUUCAUAGGAAAUAUGAAAAUAUACCACUUUCUUAGAAAUCAGAAGGAAAAACAUAAGUUGGAAGAGAGACCAAUACAGCUACUAAUUACAAAAUAGCCUUUUUUGUGCUGCAGCUACUUGGGUCUGCCAUAUUUAAAGAGCCAUCUCUAGAAAAGCAUGCUGGGAAAAAGAGUUCCUAUAAAAAGAAAACAUUGCAAUAGGGAGACAGGAGUGCUGAGAGCCAUAGAACCACCCUAUAAACCAUGUAAUAUGAUGGAAACCAUUUUAAGCCAGGAGGUGUAGUAGCACCCCUAGUUCUAGCACCUAUGUAGGGAGAGUUAGUAGGAACUAGGAAGUCACCAGCCAUAGUACUGAAGGAGGCAAGAAAAAGGCUGGUUUUAAGUAUAGUAUUAUUGAAGUAUUAGCUAUUAUUAUAUGUUUGUGGUAGGUUUUAUACAGGGCUGAUUUAAGUGUUAUGUAGGAUCAAAUUGGGUCCUAAAAUGAAACCCUCAAUGUGAUUAGACUGAGCUUCAUAGGUCAUUAUUAGUAGAUAUUUAAUCUCUUAUGAUAAGAAUGAGGGUGUCUGAUACAUUAAUUCAGAUAACCUUGACUGUCUUUGAAGAAGACUAUGUGAUGACUACUUCUAAAGGUACCCACACUACAUCAAGCAACUGAAGCUCAACUGGCAAACACCUUCAAAAGGAGUCAGAAUGACUUCCAGGUAAAAUGGAGGAAUCUUAAACUGGAUCUGAAGUUAGUCAUAAUGCAGCAGAAGUGGUGCCCUCUUUCAGUGCAGAAGUUCAGAUAUGCUGAUUCUAAUAAUGACUCUGGUUCUUAUAUUCCACAGGGUGGAAAACAGGCUGCAGAAUGUGGAGACUCAGUUCAAAGAGCUGAACUCUGCCAUGGAGAAACUGACACAGAAGCUGCAGUUUCAGGAUAAAACUCUGGAGAAGCAGGUGGGCGAGGAUGAGAUGUGGAUAUCCUUACUGGAGGACAGGUUCACUUCAGUGGAGAUAAAUCUUUUCUACAGCUAUGUCAGUGAAAUGCUUUGCUGCUUGCAUUCCUGUGUCAGAGCGAAGCUGCCAGAUCUGGCGGGAGGCCUCCCCACCUUAGCCUCUGUCAUGAGGCGCAAAGGCAAGAACCAGAGAAUUAGACUGGUGUGGGAAGCAGUGCUGGAGAUGCUGGGGCUGCAAGAAGGAGAUGUCUUAGCUCUAUGCACCUUUUUCAUCAUACAUUGCUCUGAAGCACAGUAUUACCCAGCUAACCAGAGGCAAAAGUACACCAGUGAUAUCAGCACGAUGAUAACCAAGGUGGUGAAGAACCAGAUCCUUCGACAGAGCCUGCUGUGUGCUGUCCAGGUGGUAGAGACUCGCAGAGCACAGACGGAUCCAAAAAAGAUAGCAACCCUUGUCCAAAAAUAACCUAUGUGGCAGAUUUCUUAAACUCCCUUGCCCACUUAGGACAAACAAGCUUACAACCUAAACUGGUUCCUACAUAAACAUGCAAUUACAUACUCAUGCAUGUGUAUAUCAACACACAGAUCCAUAUGUACAAACGCUCUGAACCAUGACACACCAAUGUGUAUCAUGAGUCUGAAAAGCCAGGCAGAUUCCCAGAAUCAAUACAGCAGUCAUAUAAGAUUUUCAUCACCAUCAUAUACAAGCUCAGUAUGUACAUGCAAAUGUGUAGCCAGAGGCUGCUGGGAGGGACAGAAAGAUUCUUGUCUCUUAGCUAAAAUAUUUUGACACUUGCAUAAUGCUGAAGAGUUCAAAUGACAACAUUUUCCAGCAUAAAAUCUGCUUUGCUCUACUUUGUAUUCUCAUUGCAUGUCUAUGAAAGCUGUAAACUGUAGUAUGAAACAAACACUAAUUUCUUAUAA